GAUGAAGGUCUCCAUGUAGGUUGUAACUCACCCGUAGUUCACCGCGUGUUAAAAGGCAGCACAGCAGCUGCCCUGCUCAUACAAGAUCCGCUCAUACAAGCGGAUGUUUGGAGGCAGCUCCAGAGCAGCGCUGCGUUGUAUGGGAGGAGGAGCGUGUUGUUCCGACGGGGGAGCCCAAAGCCGGGCCGUGGGGCGGCGCUGCGGGGCGGGGCGGUUCCGUGCCGGGCGGGGCGCCCCGGGGAUGGCGGCUCGGGACCCGGCUCGGUUCGGUCCGUGGCAGUUUCUGCUGCUGGCGGUGGGAGCCGCGGCGGCGGCGUGGGACGUGGGGGCGGACGUGUGGGUGGCGGUGGGAUACGCUCGGGGGGGGCAGCCGGGCUGCGCGGCGCUGGGGUUGGGGCUGUGGGCCGCCUGCUCCGCCGCCCGGCAGGCCUGCAGCUGGUUGUGGUUCCGAUCCGAUCCGCCGCAGCUGCGGCCCGAGCUGCCCCGGCGCCUCCUGGCCGCGAUGCACGUCCUGCAGCUCGGCUUCUUCUACCGGUGCUGCCGGGCGCUGCGGUUGGGCUGGAGGCUGUGCCGGACCGAGCCGACGGGGGAGGAGCGGAGCCACAUGGCGUUUGUGCUGCACGACAUCAGCAUGUUGAGACUCUUCGAGACCUUCCUGGAGAACGCCCCGCAGCUCGCGGUGCUGCUCUAUAGCGUCCUGAGGACCAACAAGGCUGAGCCGGCACAGGGGAUGGGGAUCUGCACGGCGUUCCUGUGUGUGACCUGGUCCCUGCUGGAUUACCACCAGUCCCUGCGCUCCUUCCUGCAGGACAAGUACGAGAUGGGCUGGGGCUCCUCCGUCAUCUACUUCCUAUGGAACCUCUUCCUCCUCUGCCCCCGCAUCCUGGCGCUCGCCCUCUUUGCCCUGCUGCUGCCCUAUGGGGUGGCCGUGCACUUCCUACUGGUGUGGCUGGCCAUGUUCAUCUGGGUCAGCCUGCAGGGCACCGACUUCAUGGAGUCACCGGGCCCUGAGCAGCUCUACCGUGCCAUGGUGGCCGUCAUCCUCUACUUCAGCUGGUUCAACGUGGCCCCGGGGAGGACCCUGCAGCGCAGCAUCAUCUACCACAGCUUCAUCCUGGUGGACAUCGCGCUGCUGAGCCUGGCCUGGCUCUGGGGCUGCCCCAUUGAGGAGCAGCACCCACACCUCAAACCAGCGCUGUGGGCUGCGCUGUCCUGCUACGUCCUGGGGCUGCUGCUGCGCGUCACCUAUUACUGGUGGCUGCACCCCAAUGUCCGAGCGCAGCCACCGAGCGGUGAUGAAGUGGAUGCACAUGGAAGAGCUGAUGGCGCCGUGCAGUUCCGCAGCAUCUCAGAGCCCUGUGAGCCCCGUGGUGUCUCACAGCCGGACCUGGUGAACUCACGGCUGCGCUGCCUCGCACGGACCCACUUCCCACUGGCUGCAUUGGCAGAGCCGCGUCUAUUGAAUGGGGCAGCUGCUGUGUGAGGCUGCGUCCUGCACUCCCUGGGGUGGAAUUGUGCCUUAUCCGAGUGGUUGGAGUUGUUGGGGAGGUUCUCUCUGCUUCUUCCUGUGUGUCCGCAGGAUGCAGUUUGACAGUUCAUUGCACAGCAGGGAUGCAGGAAGGAAGGCUCAGUGCUGGGCCUUCUGUGCUAGGUAGGACUGUGCACUGGUUCACUGUUGGUUCUUGUUAUUUAUUACACACGUUUUCCAUAAAACCUGGUUGUCUGUG